CCUCUGGCGGCCAGUACGAGCGGCGGCGCCCGAGGUCUAGCCUCCUGUGGUCGGUCCCCUCCUCUCCUGCGAUGGGCUCGCCUUGCGCCUGCACCGCCAGGGUUCGAAACUGUUGGGAGUCAGAUCGACUUAGGGAGGACCUCUUGAGCCGCCCGCGCUCCUGGGGCCAUGGACAAUGCCGCUGACCAAAGCAAAAAAGAAACAAAAGCCAGCCCCAAAGUCAAGACAUCUGUACACGACUUGAGCAAGACGCGGCAGACGAGACUCACCGUGGGCAGCCUGGGCUUGGGCCUGAUCAUCAUCCAGCAUGGUCCUUACCUCCAGAUUACCCACCUCCUCAGGAAGGGAGCUGCAGCCAAGGAUGGGAAGCUCCGGCCAGGUGAUGUUCUGAUUAGUGUUGGCCAUGCCAAUGUGUUGGGAUAUACUCUUCGAGAAUUUUUAAAGCUUUUGCAACACACCACCAUAGGAACAGUGCUACAAAUCAGAGUUUAUCGAGAUUUUAUUGACAUACCCCAAGAAUGGCAAGAAAUAUAUGAUUUAAUCCCUGAGACCAAAUUCCCAGUAACGCGCACACCAAAGAAAUCUAAGCAAGCAAAAGAUGAAUCUUUCAUAAGCAGUGAUGAUAAUGAAGAUACACUUUUGGAUAAAAGAUUGAAAUUUUGUAAAUAUCCACGGUCAACAGACCACCACUCUUCAAGGAGACCUCUAUCCAUCUCUAAAGAAUGGCAUGGAUACAAAAAGAAGAACCAUACUAUCAGUGUAGGAAAAGACAUGAACUGUGACGUGAUACUUCACAGAGAUCACAAGAAAGAAGUGGCAGCCCCUUCUCCAUACUGGACAAUGGUGAAGCAUGACAAUGAAAGCUCUUCCUCCUCAGCUUCCUCGACCUCAGAUGCGUUUUGGCUGGAAGACUAUGCUCAAGUUGUCAAGGAUAAAGGCCAAUCGGUAUCAAAGGUUGGUUAGGCAGGGCUUGCAAAUCUGUGUUACGGGACACUUUAUCUUGAAAACAGCCGACUGCUGUGCAUCCCCAUGUACAAAAGCUUUGCGAUACUUUCAGGAACAUAUGUACAGACGUAUCAAUUCUCUCUUAGGGCUGCUCCGUAAAGCCUUUAGAGACUUUCAAUGU